CCCCCUCUCUUGUCCCCCCUCCCCGCUCGCCGUUCCGCUCGACCCUCUUUUGUGGAGUCCGCCGCCAUCACAGGGAAGCGCUCAAAAGGGCGGCGCUGUGGUCGUUGUUUUUCUCCCGGAAUACUGGAACAUACAGUUUGCAAACAUGUGUAGUGUUUUACCACCUGACAGCAGAAGAAUUGGCAGUUUGAACAUCCUGCAUAAAACAACAGAGCGAUUAGAGUGUGAUCACUGUAAUUUUAGGGGCUCUGACUAUGAAAACAUACAGAUUCACAUGGGUACAAUCCACCCUGAAUUUUGUGAUGAAAUGGACACUGCGGGAUUGGGGAAACUUAUAUUUUACCAGAAAAGUGCAAAGUUGUUCCACUGCCACAAAUGUUUUUUUACCAGCAAGAUAUUUUGUAAUGUUUAUUACCACAUUACUGCUCACCAUGCAGUGUCUGACAAAUGGAAUGAAGAACAGAAAGAUUUAUUAGACACAGAGACACAACCCAUAGAGAAACCUUAUUUGGUAGAAACUCAAAAACCUCUGUCUCCUGAAUCUCAGAAAACUUCUAUAUCUUUGGAGUGUCAGAAACCUGUUGCUUCAGAACCCCUGAAAUCUGAUGUCGGUCUGUUCUCCAAGACACAAAAGUCCACCACAGUUACACUGGCGGAACAACCCAAGAUUGCUCCACUUGCUUGUCCAGAGCCACAGAAACCUCUCUGUGUCACACCAGAACUUCCAAAGCCUAUUACAACAGUAUUGUCAGAGCCACUGAAACCAAUCCCUUCUGUGACUCCAGAACCAAUGAAGCCUGUCUCAGUAGAGUCCCCAGAACUACCAAAGCCUAUCUUGGCACUUUUGCCUGAAUCACAGAAACCUACUGCAGCCACAUAUAUCGAGCCACAGAAACCUCUCCCUAUUGUACAUCCAGAACUGUUUGUGUCAGUCCCAGAACCAGAAAAACCUGCUCCACUUGUGCCUCUGGAGCCACAGAAACUCAUGCCACCUGCAUCCCCAGAGCCUCAAAAGAUUAUUCGGCCUGUGUCACCACCUGCAUCUACAUCUGAACCACAGAAAUUUACUCCAAGAGUGUCUCCUGAGCCCCGUAGGCACUCUCCUGCAGUAUCUCCUGAGCCCCGCAGGCACUCUCCAGCAGUGUCUCCUGAACUUCGCAGGCACUCUCCAGCAAUAUCUCCUGAGCCCCGCAGGCACUCUCCCGCAGUGUCUCCCGAGCCCCGCAGGCAUUCACCGGCUGUAUCUCCCGAAUUAAAGAAAUUUCCUCCUGGUGCUCUGUCUUCAGAACCUCGUAGGCAUAUUCCUCAGAUGCGGCGGCCUACAUCAGCACUUUCCCCUGAGCCACGCAAACCUGAGCCACCACUCUCCCCGGAUCCUUGGAGGACCUGUCCCAAUAUUGCUCCAGAGUCUUGGAGGUCUGCUCCUAGUAUUUCUCAUGAGCAACAAAAAUCUAUCACUGUUUCACCUUGGUCCCCUAAACCUCCGCAAUCUAUGCCUAUAGAACCCAGAAGACCUGCCUCAGAACCAAGAAGGCCAGGCCAUUUGAUGUCCCCAGAAUCUCAGAGGUUUGUGUCAGAGCCCUGGAAAUCUACUCCAUUGCCUGAAUCACAUAAGUCUAGUUUUGCUUCCUCGGAGCCCUGGAAGCCCAUUUCUUCUGUUUAUCCUGAAGGCUGGAAACCAGUGUUGUCUCCUGAUACGUGGAGGCCAUCACCAUCAGUUCCACCACCUGUUCCACCUAUGCAGGCAGAACUUCGAAAGCCUUGCUCUCCAAUGUCUCCAGAUCUUUGGAAACCUUCCUUCUUUCCUGAGCAGCGCAAGCCCACUCCUCCUGUAUCUCCUGAUCCUUGGAAAUUUCCUUCUGAUUCCCGAAAGUCUCCUUUCUUUUCUGAGACACAGAAGCCUACUCCUUUUGUUUCAUCUGAACUCCAAAAGCGUGCAUUAUUUUCUGAAAGCCGAAAACGGGCUCUGUUUCCUGAAUCUAAAAAAUCUAUUCCUGCUGAGUUGCAGAAACGUUCAUUCUUCCAUGAAGCCCCCAUGACUUUUCCUGAAAUCCCAAAACAUGCCUUGUUCUCUGACUCUCACAGACCUCUGCCUGUCUCUUCUGAAACUCCAAAGCAUUCUUUCUUUCAAGAGCCCCAGAAGCAUGUUCUUGUUUCUUCUGAAGUUCAGGACCAUGUUCCGUUUUCAGAGCCUCAGAGGUCACCUGUUGUUUCUCAUGAAGUGAUGAAGUCUCCUCCAGUUUCUCCUGAAAUACAGAAACCAGCAUCCUUUGCAGAAUUUCAGAAGUCAUCUCCUGGUUCUCCUGAGAAACAAAGGCAGAGUUUCUUUUCUGAGCCUUCAAAGCAUUCUCUUUUGCCUGAACUUCAAAAACCAUUUUCUGAACAGAAGCAGAUCUUUGGUUCUGAUGCCCAUAAACCAAUAGAAACAGUGGGCAUGGAAGACCACAAAACUACUUUUUCUGACUUCAACCAGCCGGCUGCAUCUGUUUUGUCAGACUUGCAGACAUGUACUGAAUCUGGCAAUAAAGAUUACUUUACUGAACAUCCAGAAAUUGAGAAUCCGUUUGGGAGUCUACUAGCUCCAAAGGAACAGCCUACACAAGUCAAAGAAACUUCAGAAGAAGUAUAUCCUUGCCCAAAGAAGAAGCCUAGGAAGAAAAAGCAGGAGAUUUCUUGUACAGAUCCAAAUAUCAGUGAAAGUGGAAAUACUGAAAUGGAGACAUCAGAGGUAAAGGAACAGGAUUCCAGUAGUGAUCAAGAGCAGUUUGACACAGAAUCUCCAGAUCACAAUAAAGAUACCAAAACCGAAGCAGCUACUCCUACUAAGACUAAAUGUGCAUUACAGUUUACAGAAGAGAAAGAGGCUUUCAUACCAGAGGAAGAGAUUGCAAAAUAUAUGAAGCGUGGCAAAGGCAAAUACUACUGCAAAAUUUGUUGCUGCCGGGCUAUGAAAAAAGGUGCUGUAUUGCAUCAUUUGGUUAACAAGCAUAAUGUCCAUAGUCCAUACAAAUGUGACGUGUGUGGAAAGGCUUUCCUUUUGGAAUCUCACCUUAAAAACCAUGUUGUUGCUCAUGGUCAAACUAUUCUUAGAUGUCCACAUUGCAGUUUUGAGACAAACUUUCCUAGAGGCUUUAAGAAACAUUUAACUCAUUGUCAGAACCGUCGUAAUGAUGAAACCAACAAGAAACAAUUGGACACCAGUACUGAGCCACAGAGUGAGAGCCAACCAAGUGAAGAGGCUGUUAAGGUGGAAGGUUCAGUGCCUUCAGUGGAAGGCACUGAACCACCAAAUGAAUCACUUGCUGAACCACAAGUUCAGUGAUUUUUUUUGGAAGUUCUCUAUAAAAUUUAAUAGUGCUGUGGUCAGUGAAGUAAAGUUCUAUAUCUAUAUCUUUGUAUUAGCAUGUCACAGUAAAUUUUGACCAUAAAUCCAAUGCAGAAUUACGUACACUCAAGUUGUUGAUCUAUCAGUAUGCUUAACAUUGUUAUUUUGUGGUCAUUCUGAUUAGUUUGAAGAAGUAGUAAUACAUAACUGCCAAAGUAAUGAAGAUGUUAAAGGUGUCAUUUUUAAACACAAGAUUGUUUUAGCAGAAUUUAAAACAUCAGAAUUCUAACAACAGUUUAACUGAAGACGUCCAAUUUCAUAUUUGAAGAUGUGUCUAAUGGUAGGACUAUCAGUAAAUACAAAUUGUGUUAAACCAUGCAUGUAGUGGUAUAACUGUUUGUAACUGUAAGUUGUGAUCCUUUUUAUAUGUAUUGGGAAAAGAAAUUAACAUCUUAAAUCCAGUUGCUAAUCUCAUCUGGUGUAAAAUCAUUGAAUGAAAUACGAAAUGUGUAAAUCUCAUUAUUUUAGUGGGUCUGCUCUAGCUAACAAUAGCCAUUGAAUUUAGGCUACAGUUCCCACAUAAGUGAAUUUCUUGCUUACGUUAUUCAUGUAAAUGUACUUCUUUUGUACCAUAUAUGAAGCAUGUGUGAGAAACAGCCAGUACAAUGACAAAUGUAUUGGAAAUGCAUUGUCCUGCCUUGUAUAAUUGUUCUUUAUAUUUAAAAAUUGAUUUUAAUUAUUCUUUUAUAUUCUUCUCACAAUAAAAAUAAUGUAUUUGGAAA